AUGUUCGGUUUUGGAGGUAGUUCAGUUUCAUCAGAACAAAAGAUCAAAGCUGCUGAAGCAGAAUUAGACAUGGUUACUAACAUGUUCAACCAAUUAGUCGAUAAAUGUCACAACAAAUGUAUUGCUAAAAACUACAACGAUGGUGAAUUAUCUAAACAAGAAAGUUUAUGCUUAGAUAAAUGUGUUUCCAAAUAUUUCGAAACCAAUGUCCAAGUUGGUGAACAUAUGCAAAAAAUGGGUCAAUCUGGUCAAUUUAUGGGUAGAAAAUAG